UACUCCAGCAGAAAAACAUCUCUAGGGGCAAACCAGUGGUGGACAAACCAAACAAAGCACGCAAAGUUCAGCUCGAAAAAACGAUCGGUUCUCCGACAGAUCAAAAACAACCGACAAACGGUAUUAGGAUAAACGGCGCGUCGAAAGUGGACGCUCGGAAAACGGCAAGUGAAGGCAUCAAGUCCAGAAACAAUAAAAAUAUCUUCGCGAUGAAGACGAGAGAUCGCAUACCAUCGAAAAUGGCGAUCGGCGAUAAUGCUGUAAAUAAUAUACAAUCCCAAAAACGGAGUGACGUAGUCCGGCGGGUAACAACAAAAGAUGACCGGAAAAAAUUCAACGAUCCGGUGCUCAAAAUCGUUACUGAUAAAAAUCGGAAACCAGGACCGACCGGAGCACUGAUAAAUGAUGUUGUGGGAACCAGGGGAACUCAGGAGAAAACCGGCCCGUUGGCUGACCUUAAAGAAAACGACGACAAGGACAGAAAAUUGUAUAACAGAAAUAGAACCAUUAUCGGUGGCAACGGUGCCACGGAAAAAUUAAAAACCACUAGGACAAGAAACAGUGACUCUGUUGUGAAAAAAUCAAAAAACCCAAGGACUAAAAACGGCACUGGCGUUGGUGCUGGCGUCGUCGGUGGCGUUGGUGCUGGCGUCGUCGGUGGUGUUGAUGCUGUCGUCGGCGGUGGUGUUGGUGCUGGCGUCGGUGGUGGCAUUGGUGGUGGCGUUCGUGCUGGCGUCGUCGGUGGCGUUGGUGCUGGCGGCUUCAGUGAUGGCGGCGUUGGCGGUGGUGGCUUCAGCGAUGGUGGUGGUGGUGGUGGUGGUGGUGGCGGUGGUGGCGUCGGCGGAGUCGGCAAGAACGACGUGUCAUCGGAAACCCUGAUCUCACCGGCCAUCGACUACCUCGACGAUGCUUCGCUAACGGCUACCCGCGACGGGAUAAACGAACCGGUCGAUAAGAAGAGAAUGUUUUCGGUGGCAGAGACCAUCGACACCCCACGUGUACCCGCAGACGUUCGAAACGACGAUGACGGUGCAGGUGGUUUCGGUGGUGGAGGCGGCGGUGGUGGAAAGAACGCAGUUAACCGGGACACCGGAGAAGACCGGAUUUUUGAUGAACGGUACCGGACUGGACCGGACAAUUCAGAAAGCGAACGUAACCGUAUAAGUGAGCGGGACCAGGACGAAAUCUGUAAUAAAACAACUACGCUAACGGCCACAAAUGGAGCUGGUAGUCACCGUAUCGACGAUAACUGUACAGACGAAGAUAUAUACAAGCUACGUAUGGCUUGUGUUUUGGGUCAAUUGAAUCAAUGUCAAAAUCAAGAAACUGGCCUAUAUCAAGCUAAAAGAAAAGGAAGUAAAUAUGAAGUAAUAGAUCUUACCGAGAACGAAUAUUGUAAACUAAAAAAUAUGUAAGAAGACAGUAUGUUACUUAAAAA